GGAAUCAUACCAGAUGUCGAAAUCAUGAAUGUGACGUAGAGAAAGGAAACACCCCUUCGGAAUUGUUGUAUGAUGAUGCCGCCAUAGCAGGAAAUUGAUGCUGUUUCUGACACUCCAGUGGGCAUGUAACUGUAACUAGCUGUUCACGAAUAAAGGGGCACGCUUGGUGCUCUGAAACAAAUACAGUAAAGGGGUCGUCUACUAACUCAUGUAUUCACUAGAAAAGAAGCAUACACACCAGCUUUGUUUGUUCCCGGAACUCGGAAGACUCGUCAGUCUGCUUCUGCGUCCGUGAUCCACUUGUGCUUGCGUGGCAGUGAUGUGGUCUGGUUAUUUGUGACCUCACGUCACUCCAGCAACGUUGAUACAGUUCCGCGCAGAGGGGCUGGAGCUUUACAAAUCUGAAAUCACAACCAGGAAGGGGACACAUUCAUUCAUACAUUCAUACAUUGAUACAUGCAUCCUUUUCCAUUCAUUCAUAUCCACUCGUAAAAAAUAUACAACCAAGGAGCUAAGGUGCAUCAGUAACACAGUGACCAACUAAAGCCAAAUAUUUUUUUUGUAUUAUUUAUUUAUUUAUUUAUUUAUUUAUUUAUUUAUUUAUUUUAAUUAACUUACCAGUAAGUUUUAUUUUUUCAAUUUUAACAUUCAAAAUGGAGGAUGAAAACAUGGAUCAGCUCAUUCUUGUACUGAAUCAGCUGGUGUUGUGGGUUGCUGCGGGUGCCAUGAUGUUUGGAGGUGUGGUGCCAUACGUUCCUCAGUACAGGGACAUCAGAAGAACGCAGAAUGCUGAGGGAUUCUCAAGUUACGUGUGUCUCGUCUUGCUGGUGGCAAACAUUUUAAGGAUAUUGUUUUGGUUUGGGAGACAUUUCGAGACACCACUCCUAUGGCAAAGCAUAAUCAUGAUUCUGACCAUGCUAAUCAUGCUCCGCCUCUGCACUGACAUCAGGGUGGCCAGUGAACUCAACACGAAGCGCAGAGCCUUUGCAGCAACAGACAGUAAGGAUGAAGAAAUCAAAGUUCCUAAGAAGUUCUUUCUGGAUUUUGAUUUGAAAUACUUCUGGCUAUGGAGCAGGUUUAUGGAUUAUCUGCAGUGUGUGCUGACAUUCACUGCUUUUGCAGCAUACAUUACCUACCUCUUCCUGGACUCCAGUGUCUUUGUGGAAACACUGGGCUUCCUCGCUGUGUUCACCGAAGCCAUGCUGGGCACUCCACAACUCUACCGCAACUACCAAAACAAGUCCACUGAGGGCAUGAGCAUCAAGAUGGUGUGUAUGUGGACCAGCGGGGACACCUUUAAGACAGGUUACUUCGUGUUGAACCAGGCCCCAGUCCAGUUCUCCAUCUGUGGACUGCUCCAGGUCUUUGUGGACAUUGCCAUUCUUUUCCAGGUCUACUACUACAGCCGCUAUCCCCAGAAGCCAGUUUCCCACACUGUCCACACCACCAGUGCCAAGGCACUCUGAACACAAAGUCAUAAACGUCAAAUGUAUCUACACACACACACACACACUCCUGCAGCUACCUGCGUGUUUAUACACAUGGCCAGUGACUGAUUCCACCAGUAUGAAAACCAAACCUGGGUUGCUUGCAUUUAUGGAUUUGUGUUACUAGAACAUUUUUUUUAUAUAAACAAUAAUGGAUAAAUGUUUCUGCAGCUGUAAUUUAUAUUUUUAUAUAUAAAUAUAUUAAAAAGACACUUUUUUCUAAAACUGGCUGAAACUAUGAAGAUUGCCUAUGAAGAUUGCCUUUGCCUUAUUGAUGAAAAGGACAAUUUUGCAAGGGGUUAUGGACUUAAAUCCUUUACUUGUGUUUUUGCUGUCCGAAAGCUUCAAUUUAAAUUGUCUCCAUUUCCUGACACAAGAUUCAUUAACCUCCUGCGUUCUUCCUGCCUCUCUAUUCGCAUGUGUUACUUCAAAUUCCACAACUUAGUUUAAAAGAAACAGUAUAGCACUGGCGACGAUCCAUAACUCCUGCUUCUUUGAAAAUGUCUGCCUGUGUACGUCAUGGAUGAUUCCAGAUAGGGCAGUAACAUUUUUGUUCGUCUUUACUCGGGCAGUCAAGUCAUUCUACUCAAAUUUAAGAUGCAGGCCAGUUUUGAGAAGAAAGAAAUUGUUUACAAAGUGCAUCUUAAAUUGAAAGGAAUAUGAUAAUUGUAAUUAGUGUGUAUGUAAAUGUAAUAUCCUCAAGGUUAUAUUUAUGUACGCUGGUUCGCCUUCUUGUUUUAAAUACUCCACAUGUCAUGUUACAUCAUACUAUUUUCAUGAAGUAUUUAUCUACCCUCUUAUUGUGCAAAGGGCAGCACUGUGUUUGGUUUAAAAGCCCCAGACCGUGUUAAGCUCUUGAAUCAUUUAGGUCUGCUUCUUUCACUGGUGGUCUUGAUACAAAGUUGACUCUUCUGACUGUUACAACAUUUAAUAUGAUUGGCAUUUUCUUUCCAUUAUUGAUUUAAUUUAUUUGAUAUAUAGAUAUACAAUUUUGUGAUUGAUGUUUGAUGCCAUCUAGUGAACACCAUGGGAAGUGCAUUUGAGAUUUUUCAAGACAACUAGGUAACUGUAGAAAUCAUCAAUGUUUUUAAUGUCCCUAAAAGUUUCUGCUCAUCUCUGAUUGUAAUAAAGAGUAAACAGGGUUUUACUCUGAUUACGUACCAUAAAGACAGCUUGGAGGGAUACGGUACAAUACCUUGAACUUCGCAGAGGUGAUAUCUGGAACCAUCUGUGACUGAAUUAAGCAUUUUUAGUCAUAAUACAAUGAUGUGUUUGCAUUGAUGAUUUAAAAUGUGUUACCUAAUAGGGUUCAUUGAUGAGGAAAUAUAUAGGAUAAGAAGGUACACCGCUGUGCUCAACAGUUAACCUAUUCAUUUCCUAUACACAGCUAAUUUAAAAUGCCCAUUUUGUUUUUUUAGUAGGCUGAUUCAUGUCAUCUACACAUAGAGGCUUCCACAGUUUACAGAGCAAACAUUCCUAUCCAAAUAACGAAUGCUGUCAGUCCUCUGUGAAAAAUACUGCAUCCUGCUGCUUUAAUAUUUUCUUGACAAUCUAUCCCCUUGUCAGUUAAUGUCUAUAUUAAGUAGUGCAAUUACUCAGCUACACACUACCAUGUAGGACCAGUGUUGUUAGUCUGUGUGCCAAGGAUGGCGUUGUGGUGCAAAAUAACCAAAAGCAGUUCAAACAAUAAUAGGUUCUAUAAGUAGACUGGUUGUUUAUUUAAAUUAAAGCAACAAAAAGUUUAACUAAUAACAAACGCUGCCAGUUACCAGCAAUGGUAACUCGGCAGCAAAACAAUGCUGCGUGCCAAAAUAACAAUAAUAAAUAAUCCUGCUGCUGGGCAGCACUGUGCAGCUCUGCUCCCAUUCUGUGAUCAGAGCUGUGCUGGUGCAGUUCAGGUUUAAUGCCGCAGGGUCUGACUGUAUCAUGCAGUGCUGUGCUGUGUUGGCCUGUGCAGGGGAAAGUGCUGUGGAUCCUCUGCUGGCUCCAUGGUGGCAGCAUCCCGUUCCUAUUUCUCUGCAACACAAAAAUCAACCCGAGCUCCAGCGAAUUAACACACCGCUUCAGAUCAAUGUCAACGUAACUGCCCCCCUUGAAACACAAAACUCCUCCCAGCAAUCAGACUGGUGCCGCGCUGUAUCCAAUCACCACGUAGCACCCGGUCGCCACGCAGCACCCAGCUGAUUACAAUAGACUUGUUCAGUGUUAUUGCAGCUACGGCCCGCCUCCGAGAUGACCGACUUCUGGUUCCACCCCAGCCUUGAGUUUGGCCAUCUCGAGGAAAGCGCAACACUGACCUUAUCAAACGCCCCUUCUGGUUGGGAGGUAGUCCUACAGCUUGGGUCCCUUCGCUGUCUGUCAGAGUCUGACAUCCAUAACUAUAAAAAAUGCAAUGGUAGUCUUUAUCAUUGUAUUCAGUUCAGAAAGACUUCUUGUGAAAAUUUCAAAAAAUGUUAUGUUUCUUUUAGUAUUACUACCAUUUGGGGCAUUCAUAGCUCCACAGUGAUUUUAUUGUUUUAUAGUUUUCAACACUGGUGUAAAAGUCAACCCCCCCCCCCCCCCCUUUUUGAGACAACAAUUUCAGGAAAAAGCCUAUAGGUCACACAAUGGUGUAUAAGUCGCUCCCCCCUUUUUAGGACCCCCUAAAAUACCUAGAAAAUAGACUUAUACAAAGGUUUUUACAGUAAUUACUAAUCCUUGUAGUGAAUCUGUAUUGAAGUUUGUUCUUCAGAAUAACCAAUCAUCACUUUUCAUACUGUUCUGUCCAUUAUUGACACCGACUUUCAGCAAGUUAUCAGUCUGUGAGAUUCGCUGCAUUGCCUGUAAUUACUGAAAUUGACUUGAAAUGGGGAGAUGCAGCUUUUAUAUAUUACAAAUGAAUCAUUUGUGUUAGAGACAGCGAAAGUGUGUUCUACAUAAAUGAAUCACGUGGUCCACCCUUGUGUAUACUGCAGUAGAUACUUAAACAUGAACUAGCUUUUGUUCCCCAAGCAUACCAGUUUUUAUGUAUAACAUGUACCCAGGUCCUUCAUGAUUCACAAUAAUGUGUUGGUACUAAAGAUCCUCAGCCCAGGUACUUAAGAAACAUGUGAUUCAACUGUUAAAUGAGAGAAACUGUUUUUUAAAACAUGUUGUUUAAUAAGGUCUGUCAUUGUUGCUAUUUUUGUCUUUCCACUUUCCUGCCUGCCUAAGUGACCUUACAGGGAAGAGGCACAUCCUGUAUAGCUGAAUGUUUUAUUCAUGCCCCCUCUCAGUGGAACUGGUUAUCUGUCAGUGGAAUGUCUUGUUAUACAAAGCCGAUGAUGAUUAGUUGCCAUUGUACAAGUUGCUCAACCCUGGAUCUGUCGGGUUCCACUACUUGCAAAGGAGCCCUCCUGGACCACCGCAAUGAAAAAAGUGUCUGUAGCAGAAUGCCAAGCACAUUACAUGAACAUGUGGUGCUGUAAGAAAAUAUUGGCUACCUUAGUUUAUUUUACAUAUUAUUAUUAUUAUUAUUAUUAUUAUUAUUAUUAUUAUUAUUAUUAUUAUUAUUGUUUUAUUUUAAUGGGCUUUACUUUCUGGGGGUGGGGAUUGUUUUGUUUUUUUGCUGUACUGUUUAAACAAAUGAAGGGUCAGGUUUAAAAGUCUGUUGCAAUGUCUGUUUGAAAGGUCAAGUCAUGAUGUUUUGUGACUUUUUUACACCACUAUAAAUCAAUAUGUAAUUAAUUAGAAUUUGCCAGUGAUAAUUCACAACAAUGAUUAUUUAGGGUUAGUUUCUUGGUUUCCCUGUAAUAACUGUUAAUAAUGAAAGGUUGACAAGGUUAGUAAAAUGAAAUGUUUUUUUAAAAAUAAUAUUAGGUGUGAACAUCAGUAGUGUAAAUAAUAUAUAAUUCCUCACAAUUUACACUCAGCAGUAGUUGUAAAUAGACAUGACCAUGGGAUAAAGCCAUCUACCUUUUGUGAAUUCACCUGUUGUAUAGAGAGCCUGCCUUUCAGUUUAAAAGCCGCAACACAGGGCUGAAGGAAAGGUCAUGAGAUAGAUGAAAUAUCCGAAACCUCGGGUGAAUUAUACAUAUUACAGAAGGCCUGAUGUUUAUAUUGACAGACUGCUCAUAUAAACCAAUUGACUCCAAAGAACAUUCAUGAAAGAUAUCUACUUAUAUUCAGCCUUUCAGUUGUUACUAUUGCAUUUCAUUGGUCCAGUCAGUUAUUUACAUGUUUCUUCUGCUUUUCUGUCAAAACACAGCCCUGAUAAGGUGCAAUCUGAAUUAUAAAGAAUUAUACAGCUGCAAAUGUCACUGUUUGAUUUAUUUUAUGCCAAAGUUUAUUAACCUGUGCAUAAAAAAGAUAACUAUUUAUGGGAAGGUAAAUUAAGUUUAAGCACUUCUAAUAAAAGUGAAUGUUACAACUUUUGACUGGUGAGUGUUCAUUAUGUUAAUGGUUAUGUUUGAAAUAUCUAGGGUACAUGUCCCAAAGUAAAGUAUUUACAUUACAUGGCUUAAACCAAAUAUUGGAUGCUGUUAAGAGUUCCAUAUAUAAACUGCGGUGUCAGCUAUUCCUGUGUCAGUAAUGGUGGUGGUGUUCACAAAGAAAACAAUCCACUUCUGUUUUUUAUCCACGAUUUCAAACACACUGCCAUAGAUUCUGUAGUAAAACGUACACUUGAUUUUCAGAUUUCUUAUACAUGUAUGGAAAUGCCAUUUGUCACCGCUGUUUUUUUUGCUCAAAUAAAAUAUGUGCUGCUGCAGAAAAAACUUACCAACUGUAAUUCUCAGUAUUUUACAUUUUACAGAGCCACCUCUUGCUCAGAAUAUGAAACCCUGACUCUCUCCCAUUACCAUCCAAAUGGCCCUAAAAUUCCCUGUGCUAAACCAUUGCAGCAUUGGGGGGGGAACCUGUUUGAAAGAACAGUUUUUCUCUGACUAAUAACCUAGUGUUGCUCUUGAUCAGCCAAGACAUUGGCGAAUGUUGUUUAAACCUACAGGUCUCAGGAGAGCCAUUUUUCAUUUCCUUGUCUUUGUGACUCUUCCAGGGUCUGGUGUAUGCCUAUUGGAAAUAAUUUACUUGACAGAUACAGGCAACUAAACAGGUUACAUUGGCCCAAGGGUCGGUGUGAACUCUUCUGCUACUGGAAAAGAAGUUACAGAACGUUUGGUGCUAUGGAGUUUUCCCUUGCAAUUCAGGAAAGAAAAGCUUAUGUCUAUUUAUUUCAGCUCCACAAUUCAUUACUUAAAAACUACUAUCAAUGAUGUUAAUUCCAAAAAAAUGUAUAAUUCACAGGUUAUUCAGUUACAGUUUUAUUCUACAAAUGCC